AUGUCCACUCUAUUCUCCCUCUGCACCACUACAGGAGUUAAGAGGCUCCAACAGCCCUCUCCCAAGAGCUCCCAAAGCCUCCUCCCCAUUCUGACUAGUAUGGUCGGAAUUUUCCUCAUUAACUCUGUCCUGAUUUCUGCGAGCUACGAACGGCCCUGCGGUAAAGUCUGGGUUGUCCUGAUCUGCGCUCUCCUGAUCCCCCAUGUCAAUGCCCAAGCAUAUUUAGUCUCGGAGGAGCUGUUGCAGGCGGAGGUGUCUGAAAGCCUGGGGAAGCUGAAGAUAAGCCUGGAGCUCUGCCACAUGUUCAGAAAGACAUAUGAGGAACGCAGAGCAAACCUGAGCCAGUAUCAGAGGAACGGAAAUACGGUUCCUCCCUGGGACUUCUCCCCUCAGCUGGUCUUCAGCCGCCUGGAUCUGUUCACACAGAGACUCGUCAUGGUCAAGGAAGUGCUGGAAACUGUUGUUGACCUGUUCAAACUGGAGAAGCUGGAGAUCGGAGGAGUGAAAGGACACAUCCUGAGCCAACAUGUCCAAAUACUGCACCAGAACUUUGUUGAAGUCUACAAGAACUUUGUAAAUAAGUCCUCUGCAUGUUUGGACCUCACAAAUAAGGACUUUGAUGCUGAUGUGAGUACAUUUCAACUCCUUGUGGAGGACACAGACCGACGUCUUGGAGCAAUUUUCUGCCAGGCCUUUGACAGUAACCCUGGACUGGAGCAUGCCUUUAAGGUAGUGGACUUGUUUGGGAGCCUAUGUGAACGCUCCCUAGUGGCUGCAGAUGCUGUGUCCAGAUAUCCCAUACUGUUGUCUAUGUUUGACCAAGAACUGGACAACACCAGGGUUUUGUACAGAAGACACAUACAGGCUGCUGACCAACGAGCUUGGACCCCAGUGAAUAAGAACAUGCCAGCGGUGGCAGGUGGGCUCCGCUGGGUCCACGAGCUGAAAAGAAGAAUCCAGAGCCUCUUCUCCAUGUUCACACAGCUGUCCUACCCAUGCCUGGAGAGUGCGGCAGGAGCUCAAGUCAUCCACAAGUAUGAAGACACAAUGCAGCUACUGGACAGGUAUGCGAGUAGCUUGUAUGACUCCUGGGCACAGACUGUGGCUCAGACCUCUGAGUGUAACCUGAGUCUGCCCCUCAUCACACGAGAGCCCACCAGCCGCCUACUGUCCGUCAACUUCAACCCUCAGCUGGUGUCUGUCCUUCGGGAGGUGAAGUAUUUGACGUGUGGGCAGAGUGAGGCUCUUCCUGAAGCUGCACUACUGCUUUACUCCAGAAGAGAGCAUCUGUGGCAGUAUGUGUCAAACCUGGAGCUCACUGUCCACCAUUACAACAAGAUGACGCAGUCAGUGUUGGAAGUGGAGUUACCUUUGGUCCAGGCACAGCUCCAGAACCUGGACUCUGAACUCAAUAAGGCCCAAGAGGUGCUGCAGUGGAACUCAGAAGAUAUCUGGCCUUAUAUUCUGGAGGUGAGAGACCAUGUGUGUGAGCUGGAGGCCCGGCUGCAGAAGAGCAAAGAGAACAUAGAAGAUAUCCAGAGGAUUACCCGUGGCUGGGCCAGCCCAGUGUUUGAGCGCAGAGAGGGCAAAAGGGACGCACUCCUGCGCCUGGACGAACAGACAGACAAACUGGAGAACUUUUACAACAUGAUCCGUGCCUCUGGAGAGAAGAUUCUCUUCCUGCUUAAAAGCAGCUUGCAGCUCCUGGGAGCAGACGAAUCGUCAGAGGAGUGGAAAGCUUAUUUGGAUUACAUAGAUGACAUGAUCAUGGACGGCUUCUUCCACAGUAUCCGGGAUUCGCUGCAGUUCCUUCUGGACAACACAGACCAGAAGAGCACUGCCCCUCUGAUGGAGGUGCUGCUGGAUCUGAACGUGCCUGACCUGAUCUUCAGUCCGUCACUGGACUACGGAACAGGAGACGGCCUCCUUGAUCGGGUGGAGGUCCUCAUCAGAAACCUUUUCAGAAUGUCUUCCCUUGUGCCCCGUGUGGCAAAGCACUGUGGCAUCCCUCAUUACCAGGUCAGACAUGGAGAAAACACAUAA